UCUUACAAAUAACAAAUAUGCCCCUCCUCUCUGCCACCUCACCCACUACCGGGACGAUGGAGAGGCUCACCCUGCUCCGCUCCUUAUCCGGUUCCUCCGCCGCCUGCCGCCGCCUCGCCUCCCGUCUUAACCCCAGGCACCGCCCCUUCUGCUCCUCCAGUCGCCACGGCAAGCAGCAGCUGUAUCUGCAGCAGCUUCGUAGCUUAUCAUGUUCCAGCGCACUCCGCCGGAGCCCCGUCACCGCCCCUUUCCUUCGCCGGGGGAGGAACUUCUCUCUCACCCCCGUCUCCGUCUCCACUUCCCCCAGAGAGGCGUCUAGAGAUAUAGAUAGCAGCCAUGAUAUUGCAGAGAAGCUUGGGUUUGAAAAGUUAUCUGAGCAGACCAUUGAUGAAUGUAAAUCAACUGCGGUACUCUACAAGCAUAAGAAGACCGGUGCAGAGAUAAUGUCUGUUUCAAAUGAUGAUGAGAAUAAGGUUUUUGGAGUUGUUUUCCGCACUCCACCGAAAGAUUCUACAGGCAUACCCCAUAUACUUGAACACAGUGUGUUGUGCGGAUCCAGGAAGUACCCUCUAAAAGAACCCUUUGUUGAGUUGUUGAAAGGUAGCUUGAAUACAUUUUUAAAUGCAUUCACCUAUCCUGAUAGAACCUGUUAUCCAGUCGCUUCUACAAAUACCAAGGACUUCUACAAUUUGGUUGAUGUCUAUUUGGAUGCUGUCCUUUUCCCUAAAUGUGUUGACGACUUCCAAACUUUUCAACAAGAGGGUUGGCAUUAUGAGCUUAACGACCCCAGUGAAGAUAUAUCGUAUAAAGGAGUUGUGUUCAAUGAAAUGAAAGGAGUAUAUUCCCAACCUGAUAACAUACUGGGUCGCGUAACACAGCAGGCCCUUUUCCCAGAAAAUACUUAUGGUGUCGACAGUGGCGGGGAUCCAAAAGAUAUCCCAAAGCUUACAUUUGAAGAAUUCAAGGAAUUUCACCGUAAAUAUUACCACCCUAGCAAUGCCAGGAUAUGGUUCUAUGGAGAUGAUGAUCCAACUGAGAGACUCCGGAUUUUAAGUGCAUAUCUUGACCAGUUUGAUGCAAGUUCUGCCCCUAACGAGUCUAAGGUUGAACCCCAAAAGCUCUUCAAAGAGCCUGCAAGGAUUGUUGAGAAAUAUCCUGCAGCAGAAGGCGGUGAUUUGCAAAAGAAGCACAUGGUUUGUGUUAAUUGGCUGCUAUCUGAUGAACCCUUGGACUUGCAAACUGAGCUUGCGCUGGGCUUUUUGAAUCAUCUUUUGUUGGGAACACCGGCUUCUCCUUUGAGAAGAAUUCUUUUAGAAAGUGGCCUAGGAGAAGCCAUGGUUGGUGGUGGCAUGGAAGAUGAACUCCUUCAACCCCAAUUUAGCAUUGGGCUGAAAGGUGUCUCUGCGAAUGACAUUAAUAAGGUUGAAGAAUUGAUUAUGAAGACACUUAAAGACUUAGCUGAGGAAGGAUUUGCUCCUGAAGCUGUUGAGGCAUCUAUGAACACUAUUGAAUUCUUAUUGAGGGAGAAUAACACCGGUUCAUUCCCUCGAGGCCUAUCGCUGAUGCUUCGUUCAAUUGGUAAAUGGAUUUAUGAUAUGGAUCCAUUUGAGCCUUUAAAAUAUGAGAAACCAUUACAAAUUCUGAAAGCAAGAAUAGCUGAAGAAGGUCCCAAAGCUGUUUUCUCUCCGUUAAUAGAGAAAUACAUCUUGAACAACCCUCAUCGUGUCACAGUUGAGAUGCAGCCUGAUCCAGAGAAAGCAUCUCGUGAUGAAGCAGUAGAGAAGGAGAUUCUUAAAAAGGUUAAAGAAAGUAUGACAGAGGAGGAUCUUGCUGAACUGGCUCGUGCUACACAAGAUCUACGGUUAAAGCAAGAAACUCCAGAUCCGCCAGAAGCUUUAAGAGCUGUCCCAAGUCUUUCCUUGCUAGAUAUCCCAAAAAAACCUGUGCAUGUUCCCACAGAAAUAACGGAAGUCAAUGGGGUAAACGUACUGCAGCAUGAUCUUUUUACAAAUGAUGUGGUCUAUUCUGAAGUUGUCUUUGAUAUGAGUUCCCUUAAAAAGGAACUUCUUCCUUUGGUGCCAUUAUUCUGUCAGUCUUUGCUAGAGAUGGGUACAAAGGAUAUGGACUUUAUACAGCUAAAUCAAUUAAUUGGAAGGAAAACUGGAGGAAUUUCUGUUUAUCCUUUCACAUCUUCUGUUCGUGGAAAAUUAGAUCCAUGUACUCGUAUGAUUGUUCGAGGCAAAGCAAUGGCAGGACGAGUUGAAGACCUCUUUAAUCUGAUGAACUGCAUUCUUCAGGAUGUUCAAUUUACCGAACAGCAACGAUUCAAACAAUUUGUUUCUCAAAGCAAAUCCAGAAUGGAGAGCCGAAUAAGGGGCAGUGGCCAUAGCAUUGCAGCAGCAAGAAUGGAUGCUAAACUGAAUGUUGCAGGAUGGAUUUCUGAGCAGAUGGGUGGUAUUAGUUAUUUGGAGUUCUUGCAAGAUCUCGAGAAGAAAGUUGAUGAAGAUUGGGACGGAAUAUCUUCGUCACUCGAGGAGAUUCGUAGAUCCCUUUUCUCUAGGAAAGGCUGCUUGAUUAACAUGACGGCUGAUGAGAAAAAUCUUAACAAUUCAACAAAGUAUAUCUCUAAGUUUCUCGAUUUCCUCCCAACUGCUCCCUCUGCUGAGACUGCUUCUUGGAACACACGGUUACCUCUAGGAAAUGAAGCUAUUGUCAUUCCUACCCAGGUAAAUUAUGUUGGCAAAUCUGCUAACAUUUAUGAAUCAGGAUAUCAGCUUAACGGAAGUGCAUAUGUCAUUUCCAAGUACAUUGGGAACACGUGGUUAUGGGAUCGUGUUCGAGUUAGUGGUGGUGCAUAUGGUGGCUUUUGUGAUUUUGACACUCAUUCAGGAGUGUUCUCUUACUUGUCAUAUCGUGAUCCAAAUCUGUUAAAAACCCUGGAGGUAUAUGAUGGAACACCUAGCUUCCUUCGGGAGCUUGAACUUGAUGAUGAUACUCUAACUAAGGCAAUUAUUGGUACUAUUGGAGAUGUUGAUUCAUACCAGCUUCCAGAUGCAAAAGGUUAUAGUAGUCUAAUGCGGCACUUGCUUGGCGUGACAAAUGAAGAAAGAGAACAGCGUCGCGAAGAAAUCCUGUCAACCACUGUAAAAGACUUCAAGGAGUUUGCUGAUGCUGUUGAAGCAGUGAAGGAUAAGGGGGUUGUUGUUGCAGUUGCAUCACCAGAGGAUGUAGCUGCAGCAAAUGAACAAAGAUCGGGUUUCUUUGAUGUUAAGAAAGUUUUAUAAAGGCAGUUCACAUAAGCUUUGUGGAUCACAAAAUAUAUCAGGAGAGGAAAUUAUUUUGAAAAAAAAAAUACACAGGCCCCCAUUGAUCUUUGAGAAGCAGGAACAACUAAUCUUGAAGAAAAGGGAUCAGUUAUUCAUCUAUUUAUACUGCAAAUUGACUUAUGGAGGGGAAUGUUCAGUUCAGCCGUUGGCAGCGUUAACUUAUUUACUAGAACUCUAGAAGGUUAAAAGGUGAUUUUUGAUGUAUUACUUCUGUUAUUAUUAAAAAAAUAUAGUGUUAUUCAGUUAAAAUAAUUGAGUCCAUUGAUGAAUAAUUGUUGCAUCAAGAACUCGGAAAACGAACCAAAUAUAGGCUUGUUUAAUUUAGAGAAA